ACGUCACGGCUUUGCGGAAGUACUUAAAUCAGUGAAUUGUUAUUUUUUUUUUAACUUUGACAGUCACAUUCAUUCUGUAGAACUGAUAUUUGAUAUAGGCUUUAGUUAGCGUUAUGGCAGCUCUAAAGUACGCAGGUAUGGAUGACACAGAUAGCGAAGAUGAAUUGCCCCCUGGAUGGGAAGAGAGGUCUACUAAGGAUGGAUGGGUAUAUUUCGCAAACCAUGAUGAGAUGAAGACCCAAUGGGAACAUCCUAAGACUGGGAAGAAGAAAAGAUGUGCUGGAGAUUUACCAUAUGGAUGGGAACAAGAAACGGAUGAAAAAGGACAAGUGUUUUAUGUUGAUCACAUUAACAAGCGGACCACCUAUUUCGACCCCCGGCAAGCUUUCACUGUAGAGGAUGUGGUGCUGAAGCCGAAGAGAUAUGAUGGGAACACCGCCGCCCUUGAGAUCCUGCAAGGUCGUGACCUUUCGGAUAAGGUCAUCCUCAUAACUGGCGGCAACUCUGGAAUCGGGUUUGAGACGGCCAAGACCUUUGCGCUGCACGGAGCCCAGGUGAUCCUGGCGUGUCGGAACCUGUCCAAGGCGAGGAAGGCCAUCGACCUCAUUCAGCAGGAGUGGGUGAGUGCCACACACGGAACCUCCCAGAACCGUCCAAUCACUGGACACCUCCUGAGCCUUGGAUACCUCCUGUGAAGGGGUGGACAGUAAAAGAAAAAGGGUCCGACCUCAGUGGAGGAGGGAGGGAUGGAGGGAGGGAGGGAGGGAGAAGAGAGAGGAACGGGGAGAUAAUUACCUGAGAUUAUUGCUUUAAUAUAGCUGUGGCUGGCUUGUGUCCCCCAGAUUUACGAGGGUUGGAAAAUAAACAAGUGAAAUGCGUGUGCUGAAGCGGAAAGAAUAAGCCAUUAGCACGGCUUGAUUACAGAGAGACGGACAAGGAUGACCGGGGAGCGCGUAGAGCAUAUAUAUAUAAAUAUAAAUAUAUAUAUAUACAUGCAUGCAUGAACAUUCAGACGUAUAUAUGUAUAAAUAUAUAUAUACAUAUAUGUUUGAAUGUGUAUGCAUGUAUACAUGUAUAUGAGUGUGUAUGUAUAUAUAGAUAUAUGAGUGUGUAAUAUGUAUCGAUAUACUAAUACAGAUCAAGAGAAAGCAAUAGAAAAGACAGUGUGUGUGUGUGUGUGUAUGUGUGUGAGAGAGAGAGAGAAAUGCCUUUAAGCAAAAGUGAAUCUGCAGUGUUUAAACUCAUCCAAGGCUCUAAUGUAACCAAGUAAUCCUUGUGGCUGUCGCUUCUCCUCCAGUGUAAAACUGUGCAAUGGGUAAAAUCCACUCAACACAUCUAUUAGCGUUGACUCCUUGUCCAAACCAAUGAGACGUGUUGGGCUGUAAAUAAAAAAGAAAAGGCUGUCUGAUAAUUCAAUGAAAAGAUACUUACUCCACGUAAAAUAUUCUGUAUUUUUAAAACAUGCCAUUGGUUGAGCAGGUUCAGAAAGGUUUGCAGAUGUGAUAGAUCUUGCGUGAGCUAGGAACUGGUAGGAUCUGAAAGCGCCUCAAAUAUUCCCUGCAAAAGGAAUCACAUCACAUCCCAUCGCAGGCCAAUGAAUAAAAGUCUAAAAUAUCAGAAUAAAGCUUUUGGUGCAAAUUCUCCCCGGCGGCGACCUUAUUAAUAGAUUCAGCCGCAGAAUGGAGAGGUGGAUUAAUCUUUAUAAUGAUUGAUGGACUCUCCCGGUUCUUCCCAUGCUCCAAUGCUAAGGUCACCCAGAUAAGAGGGUAUAUUUUGGGGUCCCCUGUACAAAAGGUCGUCCUAUCAACUUCCAGGUCCCUAACGAUGUCCUGCCGGGCUGCCAAGAGUUGGACCGCUGUCCUGAUUCCCCACGACUUCUGACCUCUAACUACCUACCUACUGAGGGAGGGAGGGAGGGAGGGAGGGAGAGGGAGAGAGGGAGGGAGGGGGAGAGAGAGAGAGAGAGAGAGAGAGAGAGAGAGAGAGAGAGAGAGAGAGAGAGAGAGAGAGAGAGAGAGAGAGAGAGAGAGAGAGAGAGAGAGAGAGAGAGAGAGAGAGAGAGAGAGAGAGAGAGAGAGAGAGAGAGAGA